GCAAGGCAACCUCGAUAAAGUGUCUUUAUUAAUUUAAUGAUGAUUCUUAAUAGUUGAGCUACAGCAACAGAACAAAUUUAUUCGACAGUUCAAUUUUUAAUUUAUUUUCUUAUUUAUGGGAUGUUUGUUUUGUUUAUCUGAUGAUUUAACCAGCUAUAACCAUCUCAACUCAAACAUCCAUAGGAUUCCACAAACAAUCUACAUUAACCUUAUUUAUACACUGGUUAAUUAUCUCUACAAGGCUCCUAUUUUUAUCGGUAAAUCCACUGUUGAUAUCAAUUGAAUUGAUAUCGUGUUGUUUUUUAUUAUCGCUUAGACUAUCAUAUCCGUAAAGUUUACUCCUCCAAUCCAUUCACGGGAUUAAAAAGUAUCAUAAGGUAUGAGUACAAAUAAACCGAAAAGUGUUUUGCCAUCCUGGAUGCGUUUUCAACUAGUCGAAGACAUUUUCAAUUAUGCUGUUCACUCUGUGAUUUCAUUGUUCAGCUAUUAUUUCACAUUAAUCCUGAAAAUUUUGCUCCGUAAAUGCACGGGUCUUUGUGAACUCCAACGGAUCUGUUAUAAAACAGAGAAAGGAGCUCAAAGAUCUUUAGAAGUUGAAAAAUGUAUUUACUCUUCACGACGAAAAGUGAUCCGUCGCAUUUGCGAAAAGCUAGAUGAUUUGGCCAAAAAUGGACGAUUCAACUCUAAUAACACUUGUGAAGUUGUUCGCCUAGUUGAACAUGCCGUUGAAGCCAUCUGUGUUGAAAAAGAUAUCAAACCUUCAAUUCAUCCAGAAUUUGUUACCGCAAUGAGGAUAUGUUUCUUACAAAUUUAUGGCUACAAAAAUCUACAACAUGAAAUAGAUUCCCUUCGCAGCAUACCUUUUGAUAGCACAAACCAAGAACAUGAAGAGAAACUUUUACUACUUUGGAAAACUCUGAAUCCUGAUUACCCGUUAAAAUCUAGAGUUACCAAACAAUGGACCGAGAUCGGUUUCCAAGGCGAAGAUCCUAAAACCGACUUCAGAGGAAUGGGUAUUCUUGGUCUAGAAAACCUUCUUUAUUUUGCAACUAAUUUUACUAAAACAGCUCGGUGUAUAUUACUACAUUCAAAUCAUCCCAGUCACGGUUUUCCGUUCGCAAUAACUGGAAUUAAUUUAACUUAUAUCGCUUUUACUCUUCUAAAUAACAACCGGCUUAAAACUCACUUUUACAAUAGUCAUUUCGGUACUACGUGUUUGGAAGACUUUCACAGAGUCUACUGUUAUUUAUUUUAUACAUUUGAUAAACUGUGGAUAGAAGAGAAACCAAAAGAUGUUAUGGAAUUUAGUUACAUAAAAGAAAAAUUUGUUUGUAAUCUCAACACUGAACUUGAGAAACAUGAUGCUAUUUUACGCUGGAACCCACCCGUUGAAGAUAUUUAAAGAGACUUAACUAAUUUAAAUCAAUAUAUUAAUUGAACGCAAUCAAUUCAUCGUGCAAACUGUAAGCAUCACCAUCAAUCAUGUAUAAUUUUGACCUCCUUUAUCUAGAUCGACCAAUAAAAUUAUCCCUCCAUCACCAA